UUUCCAUCCCGGACGAAGGUAACAGGUUGCUCCGACGCCGCACAAUGAACUUCUUUCUACGUCAAUUUGCGAUUAUUUCCUCCGUGUUUUCGGAUGUAAGUGCGUGAGAAUACACCCCCAAUUUUCCCUUCGAAAAGCAACAUCAGUGACGCAGACGAGCAGGGAACACGGCAAGAGUACGAGUGUUGACAUCAUGAACACAUCAUCCUCUGGGCGCAGGACUCCAGUGGACCACGGCGUCCAGAUCCGCUUCAUCAAUGACCUGCACGACUCCCGAGGAUUUGGCGGAGGACAGCCUGGGCCUCAAACCAAGCCCAAGUCUCAGACAUCCUCCAAAUAUGGUGUCGCAGUCCGGGUUCAGGGCAUCGCCGGACAACCGUACGUUGUUCUGAAAGACGGCAAGAAGGGGGACUCGUACGGCGUUCAGCUCAAGACUCAGUCCAAUUCUGGCUACAGUAGCCUCCCCCGCAGGAGGGAGAGGGGCGAGCUAGCAGUGCAGGGGGCAGAUGAUGAUGAUGAUGAGGGCCGCGGAGGCGCGCUACGCAGAGCCCAAUCCCACGGAUCCCUCCUGGACAGAGACGGGGAGGGAGGGGCCGGCGAUCGGGAGUUUCAGCUGUCUAGACCUCCAGGGGAUGGCAAAUCCGGCAGCUACGGCAAUCUGGACAGCGGUCUGGGAGUGCGAGGAGAAAGAGAACCGGCUCACAAUAUGUGGAAUGGUUCAUAUAAGGCUAAAUUGAAUGGCUCAGUGGGUUCGCUGAGUGAGAGAAGGCACUUCUCCAGCCCGCCUCAGCAGGCACCCGCAGCCAACCACCCGGUCAACAGGUUUGACCACAACAGGGGCCACCAAGGUCAGCAGCGAGGCUUAUCGCCUUCCCAGGAUGCUCGAGCCAACCACUACGCUUCGCCCUCGUCCUCAACUCACAGCAGCCCGGGACGCAGCCACAACGUUCCCGGGAGCGCCGCCGCACGCUCGGUUCAUCAGCAGCCGUCACCGGGCAGAUACGUUGCCGUGGAGACAGAGCCACGAGUGACCCCUGACCUUUUGCUGGAUCAGAGUGCGGAGAUGAGCCGAGAGGAGGAGCAGAUCAUGAAGACCAUAUAUAGCAUCCUCAGAGAAGGGACCAAUGAGAGUGAUGUUGCCAUCAAGCACAAAGUCAAGAUGAUCCGUGAGAGGAUUCAGAACCUUCAGCAUAAAGAAACACCCUUGGAAUUGAUGAGAGAAAAGAGGGUGCUUGAGAAGAAGGUGGCGGAGCUGCAGAGUGCCAUCCAGGAGGCCCGAAGGGGCUCUCUUAGCCGAUCCGAUAAAGCUUUGAAAGCUGAGCUGGACUCCUGCGUGGAUGCAAAUCUGGAACUGGAGGAAACGCUGGCCCGGAUGAAGAAAGAACUCAAUGAAACCCAGUCUGAACUGACGCAACUGCGUAUCGAAAGAGAGAAUGCAGAGGCUCGUGCCAGAGGGAUGGAGGACCAGCUGGCCGGGCUCCAAGAUGAACUGAGAAGAGAAAAUGGCAACAAGACGGACGUGGUGACUCUGGAGGCCGAGUUGAUGGAGGUCUGUUGCGUGAAGCAGAAACUGGAAGAGACGCUGCGCCAGCGUGAGAGGGAGCUGACGGCACUAAAGGGAGCGCUGAAGGAUGAGGUGGCCACGCAUGACAAGGAGAUCGAGGCGCUCCGAGAGCAGUACAAUGUGGACGUGGAGAAACUCAGGAGCAGCAUGGAGCAGGUGUCUCAGACUCACGCUGGGAUCGAGGCUGAGCGCUUGCGUGUCAAUUCGUCAGUGCGUACUCUCCAGCAGCAGUUGGAGGACUGCAGGGAUGAGAGCAGCCACUGGAUGGAGCAGUAUCACAAAACCAGGGACGAACUUCGCUCUACAAAGCAAGAACUCCUCCAAACCCGACUGGAGAAAGACGAGAGUGAGGAGGAGCUGAAGGAACUCCAGGACAAAGUGAAUACUAUGAAGCAGAAGAUGCCUGACCCCAACCACACACAGACUCUAAACCAGGAGCUUGAGCGACGCAGUGCUGAUCUGCAGAAGGUAAAGUCAGAAGUGGAGAAGCAGAAGACGGAAUUCGACAAAAAGGUGAUGGAGAUCAUCUCGGUAAAAAAAGCUCAUCAGGAGCAAGAGGCAGAACUCAGGUACGAGAUUGACCGGCUAAAAAACCAGCUGCAAAAGGCCAAGGAUGAUUUUGCCAAGGUCCAGGAGAAAAACAAAAAGCUCCCAGACCCAGCCAGCUUCUCAGAACUGCAGCAGAAGCUCAGUGAAGCACAAAAUGAAUUCAGCCAGCUCAAAGAGAAACUGUCAUCGGCUGAGGAUGAACUUGAGGCCAGUCAAGCCCGCUUGAGUAGGUCUCAGGCGGACCUUAAGUCUUUUGAAGAUACCCAGAAGGAACAGACUGAGUCCCAUACACGUCUCAAAGAGAAACUGUCUCGGUUAGAGGCUCAACUGCUUGCCAGCAAUGCGCAGAGCUCAGAAGCCGAGCUCGCCCUCCACAACGAGGUGAGAGGUCUGAGAACUGAGCUGGAUGAGGCGAAGCGCAAAACCUCCCGCCUGACACAAGAGCACCGUGAACUCAGCCAGCGUGCGGAGGAUGCUGAGAGGGAGAAGGAGGCACACAAACAGACCAUCGACCAGAUGGAGGAGCUCAAACGACAGCAGGAGAGAGCUCUGGAGAAAAUCAACAAAGAGUUUGAGUCUCUCACCAUGUCCUCAAGAGCCCAAGUGCAGGAUCUCAAGGUUCAACUAGAGGAGCAGAGAGAGCGCACACGCAAGGAAAUUCAGGAGGUACAGCGUCAGGGUAGCGACGCUCAAACCGAACUGGACAGAAGUCACACAAAUGUGAGGCGACUGGAGGAGGAGCUGUCACGACAGAAGAAGGAGCUCCUGCUCGCAUGCGAGGAGAGGGACAACCACCAGCUGGAUAAAGAGAUGCUCACCAACAGACUGCGCCACCUCGAGGCAGCGGAGGAGGCGGGCAAGAACGGCCUCAACGAGAAAACCAGGGAGAUUCGUAUCCUGGAGGACAAGUUGAAGCGCUUAGAGCUGGAGCUGGAGGAGGAAAGGAGCGGCACGGAGAUGUUGACGGAGCGCGUGUCCAGAAGCAGAGACCAGAUUGACCAGCUGCGUUCUGAGCUCACGCAGGAACGCUCAUCCAAACAGGACCUCGAGUUGGACAAGAACGCCAUGGAAAGACAUCUCAAGGAGUUAAGGGGUCGUGUCGCCGACAUGGAGGGCCAGUCUCGCUCGUCAGCUGGGGCCUCUCAAUUGGAGAGCAAAAUCCAGGAGCUCGAGGAACGUCUCCGCACUGAGGACAGGGAGAAGAAUUCAGCUUUGGCGUCGCAGCGCCGUCUGGAGAGGAAGCUUAAAGAGCUCAACAUGGUGAUGGAUGAGGAGAGAGAAACACACACUGAACAGAAAGACCAGCUUUCUCUCAAAGUGAAGGCUCUGAAGAGACAGGUGGACGAAGGCGAGACGGAAUUGGAGAGGAUAGACACAUUGAGGAGGAAGGCUCAGAGAGACUUGGAGGAGCAGAUGGAGCAGAAAGAAGCCUUGCAGGCACGGGUCACCACUUUGGAGACGGAACUCAAACGGAAGAGCAAGGCCCCGAUGCGGUCCGCUUUGGAUUCGUCUGCUCUUAGCUCAGAUGAUGACGACGACAGCAUUUACGACACGUCCACGAUCGCGUCCAUCCUAAAUCAGGGCAACCUCCAGACCAGCUCCUGUUGAAAGCAGCGUAACACAACAUUUAGACGAGUUCUGAGGGAAGUAUGGUUGCACUAAAGACCAGGAGGGAGUGUUAUGGAGGUUAGUGGGGUGACCGUCCUCCACAUGGGAAUGAAUUGAAGGAAGCCAAACUUCCCGUGUUCAAAGCGGUUUCCUUCACAGCAUACGUAUGUAUGCAAGCAAUAUUUGGCACAGACGUAGACUGAAUAUGAACCCUGAGUGCUGUUGCUGCUCCACUAUUUUUUUUUCUUUGUCUACUUGUCUUCAUUUUAACAGAAAAUAACAACCAGUGCUGCACUUUUUUCUAUGCAUUCCUUUUAAAUAAGGUCACAGACUACACAAUGCCUUAAAAUUGAGAUCAUGAUCAGGACAAUUUUUGUCAAUGUUUGUAUUGAACAUGCCCUCGUUGUACUUGUUAAGUCUUCAUUUUGUAUCCACUUUGAACAAAUUAGCACAGAAGGACAUUUGCUGCAAUGUAUUGUUUAUUUUGUACGUCAAAGUCAAGUGGGAUAUUCAUAGGUUUGUUGUACUUUAAUUUGCGGGUGUUCGAAAUGCAUCACAAUGCUGUUAUUGCUGUUGGGACAAAUAUUUCACAAUUUUGAUCUUUUUUGUAAAAAAAAAAAAAUCUUCAUUCACAAAAAAAUUGUUUGGCAUUUUUCAUGAUGUAAUAGCGGUGAUUGUGUGUAUUGCGGGACAUUUUUUGCAUAUUUGACGAAAUUAUACAUCCACUUAUGGAACUCACUCCUCCAUGAGGGAUGUGUCAGCUUUUUAGGAAGUGCUCACUCACAGUGCACUAAACAUAAAAAAAGUUGAAAGCAUGAGGCAAGAAGAUUGAGAAUUUCUGUAAUUAACUCCCCCAAAAAGGACUCCCACAACUUUCUGGACUAGGAAACACUGCCGACAAAUAACGGACAACCUCAAAAAAUGCAUUGAAGUGCAAAUUGAACAUAUUAACCACGAAGAUUAUAGCAUGAGAACAAAAAUAUCAAACUCCAUAAUGCACAAUGCUAAUAAAAUAGCCUUCACCGUGGCAACCGCACGCCCCCUUCGCUGGUGGUAUGUGUAAAAUGGGUGGACCAGCCGGGACAGCCAUUUGUCAGCAAAUGAUGACCAAGGAGCUGAAAUUAGACAGCGGCAGUGUGAGAUGGCAGCUAAGAAUUCCUCAUACAUCAUUUUUAUUAUUUACAGUUUUUCAGUUUCAACAAACAGUGGUGAGCCUCUUUUAUACAGGACUUCUAUUGUAGAAUGUGAAUAAAAACAUGCAACCACUUCUCUG